AGAGAAAAAUAGAAGAAUUUUAUUUAAUUUUUUUUGUGUUUGUUGUAACCGUUGGAUCAUUCUAGUUUUCGAUCUGUACUUUGGUCGCUCGGACAUAGCCAUGAAUGCUAUAGAUCCGACUGUCUGAUACAACAUUCGUCGCAUUGUAAUUGGCAUUUAAGCUCUGUUUUAUCUUCCAACUUGGGAUCUUAAGCGCACUCUUCUUCAUUCCACUCUCUCUCUGAAGCAAUUUGACUUGGGAAUUUGGCUUGAGCUUAAUUAUGGGUUGCUGGUUAGGGUGUAGAAGGUUUCCUAUUUUGGCUUGUGUGGAGAGUUUGAGGUGACACUUGUCUGACACUGCAUUGAGUAGUGGAGAUGCCACCUUCCCCUGCAUUGAGAUACUCUCCUGGGAGAGAGCCAAGAGCAGAUGGUCACAAGCGGGGGCGCAGUCUUGAGAGUGGAUUGCUUUUCCGGGAGAAAGAUGAUGAUCUUGCUUUGUUCAGUGAAAUGCAAUCCAGAGAAAGAGAAAGUUUUUUGCUUCAGUCGUCAGAUGACUUGGAAGACUCAUUCUCUACAAAGUUGAGACAUUUUUCUGAUGUCAACCUUGGAAUAUCCAUUCCUGGUCGAGGAGAAACCAGUGACUUGCUUAAUGAUGGUGACAAGAAUGAUUAUGAUUGGUUACUGACGCCCCCAGACACACCACUGUUUCCUUCAUUGGAUGAUGAGCCACCAGCGACUAGUUUUACAACUAGAGGAAGGCCUCAGAGUAAACCCAUUUCAAUAUCGAGAUCUUCUACGAUGGAUAGAAGUUACAGAAGCAGUAGGGGUAGUGCAAGUCCAAAUCGUUUAAGUCCAUCUCCUCGUUCAAGAACUAAUACAUUGCAAUCAAGGGGAAGGCCUUCAUCAGUGCCAAAUUCCAGUCCAACCCCAAGUUUGCGGUCGGCCACUCCAUCAAGAAGACCAUCUCCACCUCCACAUAAGCCCAUGACACCUACUUCCAAGUAUUCCAGUUAUACUCCCCGGAGGAUGAGCACUGGAUCCAGUGGUUCUGUAGUUUCAUCAGGUGUUAGGGGAACUUCCCCAGUUAAGACAAGUCGUGGAAACUCUGCAUCACCAAAGAUAAGGGCAUGGCAAACUAAUAUUCCUGGCUUCUCUUCUGAAGCUCCUCCCAAUCUCCGUACUUCAUUAGCUGAUCGACCAGCAUCAUAUGUGAGGGGUUCAUCUCCAGCAUCCAGAAAUGGUAGGGACUCUACCUCCAAAUUCAGUAGGCAAUCAAUGUCUCCAACUGCUUCUAGGAGCAGUAGCUCUUUCCACAGUCAUGAACGAGACCAAUUUAGCUCACGCAGCAAAGGUUCUGUUGCAUCAUCUGGUGAUGAUGAUCUAGACUCUCUGCAGUCCAUUGCAGUGGGUAGCUUAGAUAGAUUGAGUUCAAGAAGGAGUGGUUCAUUUUCAACCAACAGAACCCCUACCAUUUCCAAGAAAUCACCCAGGAUGGUGUCCCCCAGUUCUGCUCCUAAAAGAUCAUUUGACUCGGCUAUCAGGCAAAUGGAUAGAAAAAUUCCUCAGAACAUGUUCAGGCCACUUUUAUCUAGUGUUCCAAGUACAACCUUUUAUGCUGGGAAAGCAAAUUCUGCACACCGUUCCCUUGUAUCUAGGAAUUCCUCUGUCACAACAAGCAGCAAUGCAAGCUCUGAUCAAGGUACAAAUUUUGCACUAGAUACUGAAGGGAGUGACCAUAAUCAAGAUGAUAUGGCAAGUGAAGCUGAUAAGAUAUUAUAUCCUGAUAUACAUGAAGAAGUGUUUGCCUUUGAUAAGAUUGAUUCAUUAAAUACAAAUAUUGAGCAUGAGAUCAAUAGGGAAUCAGUAGAUGUCCUGCAAAAUAAAACCAGACCCAAGAUUGUUGUUGGUCCCAUUGAAUCUGAGAAUUCUACUUACCAUGACCAUACCAACACUAAAACCAAUGAAAGUUCAGAAACUUCACAUGUCAGAGGUGACUUUUCUGAAACCGGUAGUUUUGAAAAUACAGCAAUCUGUUCUCAUUGUAGAUGCUGCUAUGAGGUCACUGAUCAAGCUGUGAAGAAUAUUGGGCUUUGUCCAGACUGCAGUAGGAAAACCACAUUGUUGAGAGUCAUCAUCCCUGAGACAACUUUGGCAGUAUCUGAUGACUCUUCCUUGAUUACAAAAAACAUGCCUAAUGAAGAAAAAUCAUUAUCUGAAACAAACCAACCAUCGGUUGCAUCUGAACUGCCUCGAGAGACUGCACAUGACUGGAGGUUCCCCUUUGGUGAACAAGAUGCUGAGGAAAGUCAACCUUCAUGCAGUGAACCAAACCAGGAUUAUUCACAAAAUAGUCUUCUUCCAAAUUCAUUGGCGGAGGGAGGUAGGCAGACUUCUGGCAAUCAGCUAGAAAUGAACCUGUCAGGAGUUGAUAUCAAGAAACCUGAUAAUGAAUUUGGGGAUCAGCACUUGUAUCCCUGCAGUAAUCGCCCAAAUUUGAACAUGGACUCCAUGGAAGGCACUGGUAUUUCUGUAUUGCUGGAAAGGUCUAGCAGCAACAAAGGAUCUGUAGUUCAGGGCAGGACUUUUACUGCCACAAUCAUAUCUUAUGAUGAUCUGUCUCUUGCAAGAGGCAGCGUAAACAGUUUUAGAAGCUCAACAAGACCUGGCAGUUAUGCUGCCUCAUCAUCAACUGAUUUCAGCUCAACUAGGCAAACAGAUUUUCGUGUGCAGAGGCAGUUGAGUGGCAGGAAAUUGGAUAUGGACUGUGGAUAUGACUUGAGGACCAAACCUCCAAACACUGGUUCAUCUUUCUCUGGAGCUUCUAACCAUUCGCACCAUGAAUUAGGUCUUGCAACUCGAGAGACUUCUGUCAAGGUAGAAUGUGGCUUUUUAGAGGAGAUGCCCCGAGUUUUGCAAGAAAAUCAAGCAUCUGGAAAUACAGUGACAGAUGUAAUUGAUGCUUCUUCUAUUGGUUCAGUUGUUGUUGAGGAAGAUAAAUUGGAAUAUGAUGAUUGUAGCAGAGUAAAUAAUGCUUGCAGCUCAGAAUUUUUGAGUCAGGCUGCUGGUGUUCAGUCUGAUGACAAUUUGGUCGCAUCAAUUCCAAAUCUUGGGGAUUGUGGUUUAUAUGAAAAUGUUGAAGAUCAUCCAAAUAAUGCCAGGGGUGUCUCAAACUCAGAAACAUCAGUUAAGGCUCUGGAGUUAUCCAGUCAUGAGAAACAUGAUAUGCAGAGUUCCAAUGUUAAUGAGUUGGAUGCAUUGGUUAUGACAAACUGUUCUACAAUUACAGAAUCAGAAAUAGAAGGGGAAAACUAUAGUGACAAUAAUGUUGGCGUGGUGAAUGAUGAACUGUCAAAGGGUGCCCUCAAUGACUUUCAGGAACUUUCUGCUCAAAAUCCUUCCAAUGAUUGUCAUACUGCUUCUGUUUCAGAGCUCAAUGCCUCUGAGUCCCAUGGCAUCGAGGGAUCAACAGUCACAGUGGAGUGUCAAGGUGCUGGCAACACUAGUAGCCUGACAUUUGAAGAGGCAGCAGAUACACUCCUUUUUUGCAGUUCAAUCAUCCAUGACCUUGCAUAUCAGGCUGCAACCAUAGCAAUGGAAAAGGAAUGCUCCAACCCGUUUGAAGGUUCUGAACCAACUGUGACCUUAUUGGGGAAAGCCAAUUCUGACAGGAAGGAAAGACGCAGCCGACCUGUCAUCAAGCGCACUUUGAAAUCCCCAAAGACCAAGCAGAGGAGGGUGGAAACUGAUGUCAAAACCCCUUCUGGCAAGACUGAGAAUGAUGAAAAUAUUGAUGAGUCUUUCACACACAAUGUUGGGCUUCCUAACAAGGUAGAUAGUAUGAAGCCCCCAAAGCUUGAAUCGAAGUGCAAUUGCAUCAUAAUGUGAGAGAGCAAUGUUCAGAAUGUACUUAAUUCCUGGCAGCAUUUAUGCACUUCCCUUUGGCCCAUAGAUGGUAGCUAAGCCAAGUGCUUGCACAUUUAUGGUUUUAGGUUGAAGGCUGUUUGGAAUAAUAACCAUUGCCGGUUUGUGUUGGUUCCAAUAUAUUUUGUAACAAAUGCCACGCUAUGUUUGACAUAAUUGUAAAGUUAUUUUUUUUCCUCCUUUUUUUUGGUUGGUAGGCCAAGUUAGAGGCAUUUUGGAGGACUGCACUGUGCGCCCUCCACUUGCUGCAUUCUUGUCUGUUAUUUCCAUCUCAAUUAAGUGAUCCAUCAAAAGCAAGUGUGAAGUAGAAAAGCAUUCAUAUUCAUUAACAUUGUUGCUAGUCUAUUAUAUUCCUAUUUCAUU